UAUGUAUUUGAAAGCAUCCCGUGCGUCAUAUUUUAAGGACAUGAACUGAGGUUUGUUUUUGGUGCUGGUUUAACUAAGGAAAUAAACGCUGACAAUGUUCGUUUUUAACAUUUUAUCCGAAUGCACUUGAGGCCCAAGGUAACAAAUGGCACUUCCACGCCCGAAAACAGACCUCCCAUGUUUCUUCACCGAGUGAGCUCCUUCAGUUCCUGUGUUCGUCCCAGAGGGCAUCCCGCUCUCCGCUGGGCCUCCUCCCACCACCAACCAUUCACCCCUCACCCUCAUCCAUGGUGGUCAGCCCCCAGGUUCCCACCCUGGCCUCCUCGCCUCCCCCCGCCUUACCCACCUCCUUGUCCACUCUUCACUGGUAACAGAUUCCAGUUUGUCAACGCUGGUGGUCUGCAGUCAUUCCACACCUCUGUGGAUGUCAUGAUGGAGCGUCCCGGCAGAGAACCUCCAAACAAACGAUUGAAAAGUGGAGAGGACAGGAAGAGUGUCGGGAAAAAUGUAUCAUCCAGGGAUGGAUUAAUGAGGGAAACGAAGGCCAGAGUCAGGGAGAGAGAGUCAAAGCAGGAGCAGCAUCAUCGGGAUUUCAGAAGGGACGGCGAACUUCCAGCAAACCACCAGUCCAGAAUCGGAGAGAAACCAAAAACCAGAGCUGAGAGAGUUUACAGCAGAGAAAGGACUAAAUGUGAGAGAAGAAGAAGCAGCAGCGACAGAACUAAAAAACAGCAUUCACAAGCUGCAGGAUCCAGGACGGCGCAGGAGAAACCCAACGUCUGGUUCCAAGACAGGCCAGCUAAGGAGCAGCGGAGCCUUCAGCAGAACCAAACCGGGUCAGAACCUGACGAGGUUGGCGGUGUGGAUGCAGGGAGAUGGGCGGGGCUUCAGCACCAGCCUUCCAGUUCGAAUCAAGCAGACGGACGACCUCCACGGCCCGUUAAAGCUCUUCAGAGGUACUGGGAGUCCUGCAGUACUGAACCCCAGCCACCAGGGGGCAGCAGAGUGUUUGACUUCUCUGUGAUGUCCUACAACAUCUUGUCCCAGGAUCUGCUGCAGGAUAACGCCUACCUGUACCGACACUGUGACCCCGCCGUUCUGCCCUGGCCGUUCAGGCUGCCCAACCUGCUGGCAGAGAUCCAGCAGCACGACGCCGACAUUCUGUGUCUUCAGGAGGUGCAGGAGGAUCACUAUGACAACCAGAUCAAACCAGCUCUACAGGCUUUAGGGUACCAGUGUGAAUAUAAGAAGCGGACAGGGAAGAAACCAGACGGCUGCGCCAUCAUCUUUAAAUCCUCCCGCUUCUCGCUCGUCUCUUCAACACCGGUGGAGUUCCAUCGCCGUGGCGACGCUCUCCUGGACCGGGACAACGUGGGCAUGGUGGUCGUGCUGCAGCCAAACGCCGGCGCCGCCCGGUCCGACGCGUCCUGCUCCAUCUGUGUGGCCAACACUCACCUGCUCUACAACCCUCGCCGUGGCGACAUCAAGCUGGCUCAGCUGGCCAUCCUAUUGGCCGAGAUCGGCCGGCUGUCCCGCCUCCCCGACGGCUCCACCAACCCGGUGAUCCUCUGUGGGGACUUGAACUCGGUGCCGUGGAGCCCGCUGUACCACUUCCUGACCACAGGCUCUCUGAAGUACAAGGGGCUGCAGAUUAACAUGGGUUUCAUCUCAGCUCUGUCGUCUGUCCCAGCUGUGGAAGGAGGAAUCUCUAACCUGACGGUAGAAGAUCCCGCCUCUCAAGCCUCAGCUGAUGUUGCCAGGUCAGAGCCAAACUGCUCCAGAUUCAGGAUCAAUCAUGACCUGAAGCUGCAGUCGUCUUACGGGCACCGCCUGCUGCCGGACGGCCGCCCUGAGGUCACCACCAGCCACUCACACACAUCCCUGACCGUGGACUACAUCCUGUACAGCUCAGAUAUAAACGCAACCCCUUCACUUCCUGGUGGGCGGGGCCUCCAGCUGCUGGGCAGGCUGUCAUUGGUUGGGCAAUCAGAGCUGGAGGAAGUCCACAGACUUCCCAACUGGCACCACUCAUCCGACCAUCUCCCUCUCCUGGUCCGGUUCCGCCUGGGUCCAGACAGCUUCACAUGAAGGAAAACCUGGAUUCAAUCCAACCUUUAGGGAAAACCUCMGUUUUAUUUGUUUCAGGAAACUGAAACUAAUAACAUCUUGUAUGUUUUUAAAUAGGGAAGAAUUUCUACUGCUGCCGCUCGGACGUUUCCAYACGGAGUUCAGAAUUUGCACAAAGAAUUUAUCGUUUCAUGUCUCCAUGGUGAUGGAUUUACWAAAUAAGUUUAGAAAACGUAUUUGCAGACAURCUGACCCCAAACGUUAAAAAAACAAGAUGCUAAAUUCAAUAUGCAGAAAUGAACCAACAUCUAAAUUUCAUCAUAAACAUUAAUUUUUGCUUAUUAUAGUUUGAUGGCAGCUGGUGAAAAUUCAGAUUCAUAAUCUUCUUUCCUCCUUUGAUGGCAUUUAAUAUUCGCAUCUUUCAGAAUAUUUUUUCAGUUUCCUCUGGGAUCAAUAAUGCAUUUUUGAAUUGAAUUCGACUGAAGGGAAUUUUUGU